UCGAUCUGGCGUCUGGGUACUGGCAGGUGGAGAUGGCGGAGGAGGAUUGGCCAAAAUCCGCAUUUACCACCCCGAUGGGACUGUUCGAGUUUCGAGUGCUUCUGUUCGGGCUCACUAACGCGCCCGCGACAUUCCAGCGGUUGAUGGAGUUGGUGAUGCGGGGCUUGCAGUGGGAACAAUGCCUGAUUUACCUGAACGACGUGAUAGUGUUCAGUAGGUCUCUGUCUGAACACUGGUCCAGGCUGCGAGAGGUGUUCCAACGACUGCGAGCAGCCCAUCUCAAGCUCAAGCCGCGUAAGUGUUACCUUGCGCAGCGCGAGGUGGGGUACCUCGGACACCGAGUAAACGAGGCAGGGGUGCGCACAAAUCCGGAAAAGGUGCGUGCCGUAGUGGAAUGGCCACGGCCAAGGAACCUGACGGAGAUCAGAUCAUUCUUGGGGCUCGCCACCUAUUAUCGUCGAUUUGUAAAGGGAUUCAGUGAGAUUGCACUCCCCCUCACCCAACUCACCUCCCCUAAGAACCCCUAUCAGUGGACGGAGGCCUGCCAGACGGCCUUCACCACCCUCAAAGACCACCUCACCCACACCCCCACCCUGGCUUUCCCCAAUUUCACCACCGAUUUUAUUUUAGACACUGACACCUGCAGCAGUGGGCUGGGCGUGGUGCUGUCACAGGUGCAGGGUGGGACAGAACGGGUCAUCGCAUAUGCCAGUCGGACCCUGAGUGGGGCCGAGCUGAAUUAUUGCAUGACCAGUCAAGAACUGUAUGCCGUGAUCUUCGCGUGUAAACAGUUCCGACCGUAUUUGACGGUCCGGAAAUGUCGGAUGCGCACCGACCAUUAUGCCCUGCAGUUCCUCCUUACGUUCAAGGAACCACGGGGGCAGAUGGCCCGAUGGUUGGCGCAGUUGCAGGAGUAUAACUUGCAAAUCGAGUACCGAGCAGGGCGUACACACGCAAAUGCGGACGCCUUGUCGAGGCGGCCCGCGGUGUGCGCUGAGACAAGGAUGGAGGAGGCCUGCCCGUGCUUCACAGGGGGACGCUGCCGGCAAGCAGCGGGACCCCGGAGGCGUGCUGAGACUAAAAUCCCCCUCGCGGGAGAGAGUGCAGUAUGUGCCACAGAGACCCCGGCAAGAGGAACCAGGAACCCGGAGGACCACCCGGCGGGCACAGAGCCCACACCCCGGGGCCUGACGGGUCGCUCAACUCCACCCGAUCAGAUCCAGGAGGACGUCGGCUGUGCCUUCCCGGGUCUGGACGACGAGCAGCUGAGACGGACCCAGCUGUGGGAUCCAGAUAUGGCGGCGGUGGAAGCGGCCCUACGGGAGAAGAAGGACACCCUACCAGGACCCUGGAGUGGUUUGUAUGCCCAGUUGUGUGUCCAGAACGGGGUUGUGCGGGAGCUCACCGAAGCCGGCCAGCCUGAGUGCAUCUGUGUUCCCGCCCAGGUGCGACCCCAGCUGCUAAAGCUGGUGCACGACCACCCACUCGGGGGCCAUGAUCUGCUGUUCGGUGUCCCUCCGUUGCAACGGGAGGAAGGGAGCCGCCUCAUGGAGCACCUGAUGGAGACCCUACGAGGAGCUAGGGUUCGGGCCUACCCGCAAGGCGAGGCCGCCCACCAGCGGCAGGAGCAGGGCGCCCGACCCCGAAUAGAGCCCCCCUUUUUCUCGGCGAGCUCUAAGCCAGUCCUGACUGACAGGAAGAAGACAAAGAUCAAGCUGCUGCUCGUCACUCCGCUGGUGGUUGUGGCGGUGGUCGCUGCAGCCGUGGCCUCUCCGUUCCUCGACCCAGAGCUGUCGUCCGAGUGGGAAUCCUGGAAGGAGUUUUACGACAAGGCCCCACAACCAGAACAUACAAUCCCAAGCCAGAGCCACAUCGCAAUUUUACUUGUGCGCUACUUCCACGAGAAGGUCAAGCACCAAGCACAGCAGCAGGCCAUCCCUCAAGAUGACCGGAGCCAGGCCCCUAUGGUUACCAUCACCAUCAGCAUGAUCGGCACGGCGACGCAACUUGACCAGGGAUGGGUCCUCCAUCUGGAGACGUCCCCAUUCAGCGAGGUCAAGUUCAAGGACGGCGUCGUGUGCGACAGGAUCGGAAAGUACCCUGCUACCAUAUGCGAUGACACACUCCACCUCGUUGACUACCUGAGACAAGACUGCGCCAAUGCCGGCGUCACUUGCGUCCGUAUCGAGGACUAG